CGAUCGAACAAUGACAAAGUGGUUAUGUGGGUAUGCAAUUUAUGUCGAAAGCAACAAGAAAUCUUAACGAAGUCUGGAGCAUGGUUCUUUGGAAGUGGCCCUCAGCAGCCCAGUCAAGAUGGGACUCUGAGUGACACGGCUACAGGUGCUGGAUCUGAGGUGCCAAGAGAAAAGAAAGCACGGCUCCAAGAGCGAUCAAGGUCUCAGACUCCCUUGAGUACAGCAGCUGUCUCUUCCCAAGACACUGCUGCCCCUGGUGCACCAUUGGACAGGAACAAAGGGCCUGAGCCCUCACAGCAAGCCUUGGGUCCUGAACAGAAGCAGGCAUCAAGGUCAAGAAGCGAGCCACCGAGGGAAAGGAAGAAGGCUCCAGGGCUUUCGGAGCAGAAUGGCAAGGGAGGCCCGAAGAGCGAGCGCAAACGUGUCCCCAAGUCUGUGGUGCAACCCGGGGAAGGGACUGCAGACGAGCGGGAAAGGAAGGAGAGGCGGGAAACCCGCAGAUUGGAGAAAGGGCGCUCACAGGACUACCCGGACCGGCCCGAGAAACGCGAAGAUGGCAGGGUGGUGGAAGACGAGAAGCAGAGGAAGGAGGAGGAGUACCAGACUAGGUACCGCAGCGACCCGAACCUGGCUCGCUACCCGGUGAAGGCGCCGCCGGAGGAACAGCAGAUGCGCAUGCACGCCCGGGUGUCCCGAGCAAGGCACGAGCGGCGCCACAGCGACGUGGCGCUCCCGCACACCGAGGCUGCCGCCGCCGCGCCGGCCGAGGCCACGGUGGGCAAGCGCGCGCCGGCCACCGCCAGGGUCUCUCCCCCGGAGUCCCCGCGCGCACGCGCACCCGCCGCCCAGCCUCCCGCCGAGCACGGGCCGCCGCCGCCGCGGCCAACCCCGGGUCCCGCAGAGCCGCCCGAGCCGCGCGUUCCCGAGCCGCUCCGUAAGCAGGGCCGCCUGGACCCGGGCUCGGCCGUGCUCCUGCGCAAGGCCAAGCGCGAGAAGGCAGAGAGCAUGCUGCGGAACGACUCGCUGAGCUCCGAUCAGUCCGAGUCCGUGCGGCCAUCCCCGCCCAAGCCGCACCGGCCCAAGCGGGGAGGCAAGAGGCGACAGAUGUCGGUGAGCAGCUCCGAGGAGGAGGGCGUGUCCACACCGGAGUACACGAGCUGCGAGGACGUGGAGCUGGAGAGCGAGAGCGUGAGCGAGAAAGGUGACUUGGAUUACUACUGGUUGGAUCCUGCCACGUGGCACAGUAGGGAAACGUCGCCUAUUAGUUCGCAUCCUGUAACGUGGCAGCCAUCUAAAGAGGGAGACCGAUUAAUUGGCCGUGUUAUUCUUAACAAAAGAACAACCAUGCCCAAAGAAUCAGGUGCAUUAUUGGGUCUGAAGGUUGUUGGAGGAAAAAUGACGGACUUAGGGCGCCUUGGUGCUUUCAUCACCAAAGUAAAGAAGGGUAGCCUGGCAGAUGUCGUUGGACACCUAAGAGCAGGGGAUGAAGUUCUAGAGUGGAAUGGUAAACCCCUGCCGGGAGCAACAAACGAAGAAGUUUACAACAUUAUUUUAGAAUCAAAAUCAGAACCUCAAGUUGAAAUUAUUGUUUCAAGGCCUAUUGGCGACAUCCCCAGGAUCCCUGAGAGUUCCCAUCCUCCCCUGGAGUCCAGUUCAAGUUCCUUUGAAUCUCAGAAGAUGGAAAGGCCUUCUAUUUCUGUUAUUUCUCCAACUAGCCCCGGAGCUCUGAAAGACGCCCCACAAGUCUUACCAGGGCAACUCUCAGUGAAGCUAUGGUAUGAUAAAGUGGGGCAUCAGCUGAUUGUAAAUGUUCUACAAGCAACAGAUCUACCCCCUAGAGUAGAUGGGCGUCCCAGGAAUCCCUAUGUAAAAAUGUAUUUUCUUCCAGAUAGAAGCGACAAAAGUAAAAGGAGAACCAAGACAGUAAAGAAACUUUUAGAGCCAAAAUGGAAUCAAACAUUUGUCUACUCACACGUACAUCGCAGAGAUUUUCGAGAGCGAAUGUUAGAAAUUACCGUGUGGGACCAGCCGAGAGUACAGGACGAAGAGAGUGAAUUUCUCGGAGAGAUCCUCAUAGAGUUGGAGACGGCGCUUCUAGAUGACGAACCCCACUGGUAUAAACUCCAGACACAUGAUGAAUCUUCACUACCUCUGCCUCAGCCAUCACCGUUCAUGCCCAGGCGGCAUAUUCAUGCAGAAAGCUCCAGCAAAAAGCUACAAAGAUCUCAGCGAAUCAGUGAUAGUGACAUCUCAGAUUAUGAGGUUGAUGAUGGUAUUGGCGUGGUGCCUCCAGUGGGUUAUAGAGCUAGUGCUAGAGAGAGUAAAGCAACCACGUUAACAGUGCCAGAGCAGCAAAGAACUACACAUCACCGCUCACGUUCCGUGUCUCCUCAUCGCGGCGAUGAUCAGGGAAGGCCUCGUUCACGUUUACCAAAUGUGCCAUUACAGAGGAGCUUAGAUGAAAUUCAUCCAACACGAAGGUCACGUUCUCCAACCCGACACCAUGAUGCCUCCCGAAGCCCAGCCGAUCACAGAUCCAGACAUGUGGAAAGUCAGUAUUCAUCAGAGCCGGACAGUGAGCUUCUCAUGCUGCCCAGAGCAAAACGAGGACGAAGUGCAGAAUGCCUACACAUGACCAGAGAUCUUGUUAGAUACUCUAAAACAUUACCACCCAAGAUGCCUUUAUUACAGAACAACUAUCAUUGGAGCAGCAGUGAACUACAGCCCUCUCUUGACAGGGCUAGGAGUGCUAGUACCAACUGCUUGAGACCAGAUACUAGUUUGCAUUCACCAGAACGAGAAAGGGGUAGAUGGUCCCCCUCCCUAGAUAGGAGGCGACCUGCUAGCCCCAGGAUUCAAAUCCAGCAUGCAUCUCCGGAGAAUGACAGGCACUCCAGAAAGUCUGAAAGAUCUAGCAUCCCAAAACAGUCUAGGAAAGGCACAGCCUCUGAUGCAGACAGAACGCACCGACAAGGAAGCCCAACCCAGUCUCCUCCAGCCGACACAUCCUUUGGCAGUCGCCGUGGAAGACAGCUCCCACAGGUGCCAGUCCGAAGUGGCAGUAUAGAACAAGCAAGCUUAGUAGUGGAGGAGCGAACGAGACAGAUGAAAAUGAAGGUACACCGGUUUAAGCAGACAACAGGGUCUGGGUCUAGUCAAGAACUUGACCACGAGCAAUACUCCAAGUACAACAUGCAUAAAGAUCAGUACAGAAGCUGUGAUAACGCGUCUGCCAAGUCAUCAGAUAGUGAUGUCAGUGAUGUGUCCGCCAUUUCCAGAGCCAGCAGUACCUCACGCCUCAGCAGCACAAGCUUUAUGUCAGAGCAGUCUGAGCGCCCCAGGGGUAGGAUCAGUUCAUUUACCCCCAAAAUGCAAGGCAGACGGAUGGGGACUUCAGGAAGAGCCAUCAUCAAGAGCACCAGUGUAAGUGGAGAGAUAUAUACACUGGAACACAAUGACGGCAGCCAGUCGGACACAGCCGUGGGUACCGUCGGAGCCGGCGGAAAGAAGCGGAGGUCCAGCCUGAGUGCCAAAGUGGUAGCCAUUGUGUCUCGGAGAAGCAGAAGCACAUCACAGCUCAGCCAGACAGAGUCAGGCCACAAGAAGUUGAAGAGCACUAUCCAGAGGAGCACGGAAACGGGAAUGGCGGCUGAAAUGCGGAAGAUGGUGAGACAGCCAAGCCGGGAGUCCACGGAUGGCAGCAUCAACAGUUAUAGCUCGGAAGGAAACUUAAUAUUUCCUGGAGUUCGAGUAGGACCUGACAGUCAAUUCAGUGAUUUCCUUGAUGGAUUGGGGCCAGCCCAGCUUGUUGGUCGUCAAACCCUCGCCACACCAGCCAUGGGCGAUAUCCAAAUCGGGAUGGAGGAUAAGAAAGGUCAGUUGGAGGUUGAGGUUAUCAGAGCCCGGAGCCUUACACAAAAACCUGGCUCCAAAUCUACACCCGCUCCCUAUGUGAAAGUAUAUCUUUUGGAAAAUGGAGCCUGUAUUGCCAAAAAGAAGACAAGAAUUGCACGGAAAACUCUCGAUCCUUUGUAUCAGCAGUCCCUGGUUUUUGAUGAAAGUCCACAGGGUAAAGUUCUUCAGGUGAUUGUCUGGGGUGACUAUGGAAGAAUGGACCACAAAUGCUUUAUGGGUGUGGCUCAAAUCUUGUUGGAAGAACUUGAUCUGUCCAGCAUGGUGAUUGGAUGGUAUAAAUUGUUCCCUCCGUCCUCACUGGUGGAUCCCACACUCACUCCCCUGACCCGCCGGGCUUCCCAAUCAUCUCUGGAAAGUUCGUCUGGGCCUCCCUGCAUCCGGUCAUAGUAAACUCCUAUCCUUCCAGCCAAACUCUACAUUUCAGGAUAAUUAUCAGAACCAGAUAUUUCAUGAUCAAGAGCAUUGUUGGAGACAGACAAUCAACUUGUGUUUUGCCUGUAGUAGUUUUUUCGAUAAUGUGUCCCAAUUGUUGUUUAAAACAUGGCUUCGUAUGACAGAACAAGGCAGUCAAUCAAAUGACAGUAAGAAUCGACAUGCUAGUGAGAGCCACCAACACUUCUUGCAAAUAGGAAAAAAAAAAAAAAAGAGGAAACCUCAAGUUCACACACACACACACACACACACACACACACCAAAUUGAACAAACUGGAAACUCUCACUCUGUGAAAAGGUGUAUUUCACACGUUUCUGCACAGACCACAAGCAGUGUUGUUUCCCUGGUGUUUGAGACUCUUUAGUUCUUCUGUGUGCUUUUGUUGUUUGCUGAUUGUUGUUUGCUGGGUUUUUCCCCAUUGUCUCUCUUUCUCUGUCUUCACUGUAUUUGUUCUCUCCACUAGGAUUUUUUUAAAUAUUAUUUUUUUUGUCUUUGUCUUUCUUUGCUUUGUCAUAACAGGAUUAGUGGUGUUCUCAGAGACCCUUCCUUUCUUUUUCCAAAAGUACCAAAAAGGGCUGAAGCAGUCUCUGUAGCAUUUUCCCAAAAGUUUUCAAAAUCUGGGCGAGGUGAAGCCAGGGAAAAUUAUCUCAGUCAGCCAGUUUACAGUUCUUCCAAGUCUUGUAUGUGGAAUUUCCCACCUAAACCCCUCCCCAAUAAAAAUCACCACCCAAACUAGUAGUCACAGAAUCACUUCUCAGUGAAGAGCGUAUCUGUUUGCAUUCCAGAUAAUUUUUUUUUCCCCAUUGUUUGGCAUGGAAGACUUUGAAGUCGAUCUACGACUGAUGCUGGGGUGAAGGCUGGCCACGUAAUAGUGCUUUGGAAACCCUUUUUGUGAUGCCUUUUACUUCCUGAUAACAAAAGAAAAAAAAAGAUACUCAUGAGUAGAAACCAUGCUCUCAACUCCCCAAAAUGGUGACUAAGAAUGGAUUUGAGCCUAAGACACUUUCAGCUAUGCCCAGGCUUCUCAGCCAUGCCCCAGAGUAGACUCAUCUGCCCUGGAAAGAACAUGGUAUGAGCUGUUUAAUAUUGCACUGGAAAUUCCAGUUCAUAUACUCUGCACUAAAUUAAUGUUUUUAUUGGAUUUCAGUUUACAUUUCUUUAAGGUCAAUGCAAGCACAAAGCUUGAUUUUUUUAAAUGCACAAUAUCUUACUUUGGGGGAAGAUAAAGAAUACAGCCAAAUACCAAUUUGCAUAUUCUUCAUUCGGGUUUUCUUGGCCUUGGAUUUCCCUUGUGACCUUCUGUGUAUGUGCUGCAGGCUCCUGGUCCUGCAGCUGCAACAAUAUGCUCCCCCUUCCUUUUAUGAGUCGUUCAACUUUUGUGAUUUCACAGUUAGAGCAGCAUGACUUGGAGCUGUUCAAAGCUGCAUGCACAUUUUGUAUAAAAAAUACGAAAAAGAAAGAAAAAAAGCAAAGAGACAAAAGGUUAUUUAAUAAUGUAUGUUAGCUCCACAUAGGCUGGCUUGUAUGUUGCAUGUACUUGUACAGUUUGCUUGUUAAUUACUAUACUGAAAUAACCAAGAAAUCUAAGCCAUCCGUUUUUGUUAUAGACAUUUUGCAGGUUUUAGCCAGACUCAGUGUGUGAGUCUGGGGUGAAAUGUCUAUAGAUGGACUUUAUUUUUUACCCUCUGGACAACGUGAUGUAGUAUGGACCAAAAUUCCUUCUAAUAAAUAUUUUGGUGUAGAUUCCUCCUGUGGGGCUGUAACACAUGUAGACACUGUGUAAACACUAGGUUUUAAUCCAUAGACAUACUGCCUGCACCAAGUGAAUCAUUUAUUAUUAUUUACACAUGUCAGAAUUUCCUGCCCAUUAUUCCACAGGGCACAGAUUGACCACCACCCACCAUGCUGUGCAGGAAGAACAGAAGCAAUUGGUGCACUUCUACUAGAUUCCGUUCUGUCUUAGUGGCCAACAAUCAACCGACUAUAAUUGGGUAGUAUCUUUCUAUUUUGACCACUUGUCUUAACAACCCCCCUGUGCUUUUAAAUAAACUUCCCACUCAUGUAUGUAAACAUGUUUAAUAAAAUUUACUUUUCAUGUCA